UGUGUGCGCGUGUGUGUGUGUGCGCGAGCGGCACCGGCACCACCACCACCGCUCCGGUCGCCUCCCCGCUCGCCAUGGUGGCCACCGAGGGGCUGCGGGAGAUGGAGGGCAGCGCCCUGCGGCGCCUGGUGUGCCCCGAGGAGACCGGCGGCCCCGCGCGGUGCCUGGUGCUGGACUGCCGCCCUUUCCUGGCCCACAGCGCCGGCCACAUCCGCGGGGCCCUCAACGUCCGCUGCAACACCAUCGUGCGGCGGCGGGCCAAGGGGGCGGUGAGCCUGGAGCAGAUCCUGCCGGCGGAGGGCGAGGUGCGGGCGCGGCUGCGGGCCGGCCUCUACGCCGCCGUGGUGGUGUACGACGAGCGCAGCCCGCGCGCCGAGGCCCUGCGCGAGGACAGCACCGUGGCGCUGGUGGUGCGCGCGCUCCGCCGCGACACGGCGCGCGCCGACAUCCGCCUCCUGGCAGGGGGUUAUGAGCGUUUCUCCUCGGAGUACCCUGAAUUCUGUGCAAAAACCAAGUCCCUGAGCAACGUGUCACCCCCCACCAGCGCUGAGCCCCUGGAUUUGGGCUGCAGCUCCUGCGGGACCCCCCUUCAUGACCAGGGUGGCCCUGUGGAAAUCCUUCCCUUCCUCUACCUUGGCAGUGCUUACCACGCUGCCCGGCGGGACAUGCUUGAUGCACUGGGCAUCACAGCCCUGCUGAACGUCUCCUCAGACUGCCCCAACCACUUUGAGGGGCACUACCAGUACAAGUGUAUCCCCGUGGAGGACAACCACAAAGCUGACAUCAGCUCCUGGUUCAUGGAGGCAAUUGAGUUCAUCGACUCAGUGAAGGAGUGCUGCGGCCGGGUCCUAGUCCACUGCCAGGCUGGUAUCUCCCGCUCCGCCACCAUCUGCUUGGCUUACCUGAUGAUGAAGAAGCGCGUCAAGCUGGAGGAGGCCUUUGAGUUCGUCAAGCAGCGCCGGAGCAUCAUCUCCCCUAACUUCAGCUUCAUGGGGCAGCUGCUGCAGUUUGAGUCGCAGGUGUUGGCCACCUCGUGCGCGGUGGAAGCUGUCAGCCCCUCGGGGACACUGCGGGAGAGGGGCAAGGCCACCUCCACCCCCACCUCCCAGUUCGUCUUCAGCUUCCCAGUCUCUGUCGGUGUCCAUGCCACCCCCAGCAACCUCCCAUACCUGCACAGCCCCAUCACCACGUCGCCCAGCUGUUAGCUCAGGGGCUGAGGCCAGCCAGGCAGAUAGUGCCAGGCGUGGAGGGGGCAGGUGGGCAUGGAGUCCCACCACGUUAAGCAAUAGUGCCGGACACUGCCGUUCACCCUGGACUCAAUGUCUUUUUCGUAGAGAAAUUUCUUACCUCAUCUUGUUGUGGUUUGGUUUUUUUUUUUGCUUUUUAAUUUUAUGUUUUGAAAGCAUGAAAGUUGUAAAAAGCCACAAACCCUGACAUCGUCCAGGCUCUUUGGGGGAGGAAAAGAAUAGUAUACUGGGUUUCCUCAAGUGCCUGGUCUUCAUCUCCAUCCACCCCUAAUUUUAUUGUCCUUUUUUUAAAAAAAGAUACACCUCCCCUUCUUCCCUUAUUUCUGCCUCUAGCUCGGCUGGGUUGAAAAAGGAGCAUACCCUCUUUUCAGUGUGCAGCAGUCCUGCCCCUUGCACAGAGGGACACGGGUGAGUGUGGUGGGUGCUGCUCACCUGAAGUGGUUACACUGGGUGACAAGCGGGGUGGCAGGCAGGGCCUUGGGGAAAGUGGGAGUGGUGGCACGGGGCUGCCUGCAACCUCACCCCUGCCAGCACCUGGGGAGGGAUGCAGGAGCUGGUGGGCACCUGCCCAGGCACCAGCUGAGCCCAUUCCUGUGAAGGAGAGCAAUCUCUGGCUGGGAGGUGGUUUGGAGAAGGAGAUGUAGUCCUAAAUGCCUCUUUUCUUGCCUCUCUGGAUCUCUGGUUUCUGCAAAACUUAUCUCCCAUCUCCUGUGGCUUCAAGAGGAGAAAGAAAGUGUGGUGGUAGCGGUCUGGGCUUUUGAUUCCUCUGAUUUCCUUUCUACCCAUCCCACUGCUGCUCUUCUUCCAGAGGAGCAGCAUGGGACGUGGUUGGACUGCAAUGGAGAGAAGCAGGCGGCUGGCCCAGGGACGGAUGUCAUCCAUCCAUCAUUUCCAAACUUUCUGCAUCUCGUGACCAGUGUCUACCACAGGCCAGGCUCUUUGUACAACAUUCAUGUGCCCUUCUCCACCUGAGCUGGGUCUCACCUGUGCAAAGCUGCUGUAGCUUUUGGUCCAAGCCUGGAACAUGCCUCAUCUUCAACCCACCUGGAGCCUUGCUUCCUGCCUGCCCUCUCUCCUUCCCCCCAAGUCCAGUCCAACACACAAGAUGCCUCUGUGGCUGAUGUACAUAUGUAUGGUUUUGUUCCUUUUUUUUUUUUUUAGAGAUUAACUUUUUAUUUAUUGCCUGAGGGAGGGAGAAAACAAGUUGUUUGGAGAAAAUAAGAAUAAAACUGUUUUCAACA